CCCGAAGCCACGCCCCCAGACCACAGUGCGGCCACACCUCCAGCCCCUUUAUAUAAGGCACAGGGGGCAGGAGAUGGGUAAUUUUCAUGGGCAGGGUUUUGUUACCUUGUGUUCCUGCCCUACGGCUCUACUCACCUGUAGGGGUACUGGGGCUCGCUGUGGUUGUCCCUGCAGUCAGGGUGGAUGCAGCAGGGCUGCUCUCAGCUGUGUUCUCCAGUGGUGAGCUGGGAGUGAGGGUGCUCAUGGGGACCACUGUGGUGGUGGUGGUGCUCACCAGGGCUGUGGAGGGCUCAGCUGAGGAACGUGUGUGUGAUGGUGUGCUGGGAGCUGGGGCUGUGCUGGUACCUGCUGAUGUGAUCUCAGCCCAUGUAGAUGCUGUGGUUGUAGAGGUCAGGCUUGGGGAGGUAGCAGUGGUCCUCUGAGUUGUUUCGGUACUGACUGUGAAGGCAGUUGUCUGUGGAGUUAUGGUGGAGAUACCAGAGCUGGUCCCAGCUGUGCUCCCCAGUGCCUGGCUGGGUGUGAGAGUGCUUCCAGAGACAGCUGUGCUGCUGAUGGAGGUGGUCAUGGAGUCCAUCAGGGCUGUGGAGAACUUAGCUGAUGAUUCUGACUGUUCUGGGGCACUGCUGGUCCAUGGGGGUGUGCUGGUGGCACUUGUGCUAAGCACGGUGCCCACUGAGGUGUAGGGCAGAGGGCUGGAGGUGGAGGAAGGCAGCAAAUUUAUUUCAGUUGCUGCCAAAAUGGUGGUUGAAGCUGGAGCUGUGCUGGUCCCUGCUGAUGUGUCAGAGCUGGUCUCAGCCCACGUGGUUGCAAUGGCUGUAGAGGUUGGGUUUGAGGUUGGGGUGGUGGUCCUGUGGGUUGUUGUAGUGCUGUGUGUGAAGGCAGUUGUCUGUGGAGUUAUGGUGGAGAUACCAGACAUGCUCCCAGCUGUGCUCCCCAGUGCCUGGCUGGGUGUGAGAGUGCUCUUAGAAGCAGCUGUGCUGCUGGUUAAGGUGGUCAUGGAGUCCAUCAGGGCUGUGGAGGGCUUAGCUGAUGAAUCUGAGAGUUCUGAGGCACUGCUGGUCCAUGGGGGUGUGCUGGUGGCACUUGUGCUAAGCACGGUGCCCACUGAGGUGUAGGGCAGAGGGCUGGAGGUGGAGGAAGGCAGCAAAUUUGUUUCAGUUGCUGCCAAGAUGGUGGUUGAAGCUGGAGCUGUGCUGGUCCCUGCUGACGUAUCAGAGCUGGUCUCAGCCCACAUGGUCCCAGUGGCUGUAGAGGUUGGGUUUGAGGUGGUGGAGGCAAGCCCAGGGCAUGGGUUGGUGGUCCUGUGGGUUGUUGUAGUGCUGUGUGUGAAGGCAGUUGUCUGUGGAGUUAUGGUGGAGAUACCAGAGCUGGUCCCAGCUGUGCUCCCCAGUGCCUGGCUGGGUGUGUGUGUGCUUCCAGAGACAGCUGUGCUGCUGAUGGAGUCCAUCAGGGCUGUGGAGGGCUUAGCUGAUGAAUCUGACUGUUCUGGGGCACUGCUGGUCCAUAGGGGUGUGCUGGUAGCACUUGUGCUAAGCACGGUGCCCACUGAGGUGUAGGGCAGAGGGCUGGAGGUGGAGGAAGGCAGCAAAUUUAUUUCAGUUGCUGCCAAGGUGGUGGUUGAAGCUGUGGCUGUGCUGGUCCCUGCUGAUGUGAUCUCAGCCCAUGUGGAUGCCAUGGUUGUAGAGGUCAGGCUUGGGGUGGUGGCAGUGGUCCUCUGGGUUGUUUCAGUGCUGUGUGUGCAGGCUGUUGUCUGUGGAGUUAUGGUGGAGAUACCAGAGCUGGUCCCAGCUGUGCUCCCCAGCAUCUGUGUGGAAGUGAGAGUGUUCUUAGAAGCAGCUGUGCUGCUGGUGGAGGUGGUUGUGAAGCCCACUGGGGCUGUGGAGGGCUCAGCUGAGGAAUCUGACUGCUGUGGCACGGUGGGAGCUGUGGCUGUGCUGGUCCCUGCUGACGUGCCAGUGGUGGUGUCAGACCAGAGAGGUGGCAGAGGCAUCACCCAGUGCGCUGCCACUGAGACACCGUGGGCAGCCAACAGCGGGGAUCCCCGUCCCGAGCAGGUACAGAUCCCUGGGGAUCAGCAGUGUGGGAGGGCGGCACAUCCCCAGGCUGACGAACGGGGGAUGCGGGCACAGCUCCGGGCAGGACCCCCCUCCUGGCGCCAGCGAUGGCCCCGUCCCACCGCCUCCAUCCAGCCCCGCGGCGCUCAGAGCCGCCCGUCGGACGGGAAGAGCCGCAGGAACCGGUUACCCUGGGACGGGCUGGGAGCUCCGCGGCAGCGAACACAAAGCUGUGUGCAGAUGUUCAGGAACCGAUAACGAGGGACACAAAGAAUGGGAGCGGGGCCCAGGGAAAGGGGGGGGAGAGAGAAGAGCGAAUCCCGACUUGUGUGUCAGGGGUGAGCAGCAGGAUGCGCGUUGCGGGACAAUCUGUGUGAUAGCUGAGGGCCGGUGGCUGCCUCGGGCUCUCGGGAGGCCGCGUGGAUGGCGAUGACCCCGAGGUUCCCACCCUGCGGUAGAUGGCACGGUGCCCCCCAGCCCUGCUAUGCCCCCACGCGUUUCCCACAGCCCUUACCCAGCGCCAGCUCGGACACGGCGAUGCUCAGCAGCAGGGCCAGGUACAGCCCCGCUCUGUGUGCAGCCAUAUCCCGGCAGGACCCACCGCCCCGGGCAGGACUCGGUACCCUCCAGCCAGCACCGCUCCAGGCGCUGCCCACAGCCCCAGCUCCGUGCGGUUCCCGAGCCGCCUUUGCCCGGCAGCACCCAGGUGGGUCCUUUUGUUUCUCCAGGUGUUGGCACCGACGGGGGUUUCCACCCAACGCGGCACUCCCAGCGAUGGGCACAACGCCCGGCAGCCACCUGCCCUGCGGCUGGGCCGUGAGCGGAGGGGAACGUGGGGCAGGAUGGAGCAGAGAGUGGUUUCCUCAUUCCCCAGGCUGGGGGCAAACUGCACGGGGACGGUACCAGCGGACGAACAGCGCUGCUGAUUGCACUGCCCUGCACCGCUCCCCCCGAGCCGAGGAGCCGCUUCCUCGUGCCUGCGGGGCGGGGAAGGGGUGGGAGUGCGGGGAAGGGGUGGGGGCCGGGCCGGGAGCUCACGCCCAUUUCACCGCCCGUAACCCCCCCCCCGGCUCCGCCUCGUGUUGUAACGCCCGCUCUGCCGCCGCCACGUGGGUUUGGGCCGGGGUUCGGGGGUUCUGUUUGGGGCUGAGGAUGCCGCGGGGCGGUGGGAAGGGGAGAAAGGAGCGGGAUGCGGGGAGGGAGGAUGAGGCGGCCGGGGCCGUGGGGACGCUGGAGGCCGCGGUGCGGGAAGCCCGGCGCAGGGCAGCCCCGUCGGUGCGGGAUUUCCGCUACAACAAGCAGCGGGUCCGGCUCGUGUCCCGGGGCUCCGAGCUGAAGGAAGGCGCCGAGUGCAUCCUCUAUUGGAUGUGCCGGGACCAGCGGGUGCAAGAUAACUGGGCUUUCCUCUACGCCCAGCGCUUGGCCCUCAAGCAAGAGCUGCCUCUGCGCGUCUGCUUCUGCCUGGUGCCCACGUUCCUGGAUGCCACCAUCCGUCACUAUGGCUUCAUGCUGAGGGGGCUGCAGGAGGUGGCCAAGGAGUGUGCGGAGCUGGACAUCCCCUUCCACGUGCUGCUGGGCUGCCCCAAGGAUGUUCUGCCCAGCUUUGUAGUGGAGCACGGUGUGGGGGGGCUGGUGACAGACUUCUGUCCCCUCCGUGUCCCCCGGCAGUGGGUAGAGGAGGUCAAGGAGCGAUUGCCUGAGGAUGUGCCCUUUGCACAGGUGGAUGCCCACAACAUCGUGCCCUGCUGGGUCGCUUCCCCCAAGCAGGAGUACAGUGCCAGGACCAUCCGAGCCAAGAUCCACAGCCAGCUUCCAGAGUUCCUCACUGAGUUCCCUCCUGUUAUUCGGCACCCACAUCUACCACCCAACCCCCCAGAGCCCAUUGCGUGGGAUGCCUGCUACUCCAGCCUGCAGGUGGACCGCACGGUGACGGAGGUGGCAUGGGCAAUCCCUGGCACUGCUGCUGGGCUGGCCAUGCUACAGUCCUUCAUCACCAAGCGGCUCAAGUCCUUUGGCUCACAGCGGAAUGACCCAAACAAGGCAGCUCUCAGCAACCUUUCUCCAUGGUUCCACUUCGGCCAGGUGUCCACCCAGCGAGCCAUCCUGGAGGUGCAGAAGCAUCGACGUGUCUACAAGGAGUCAGUGGAUGCUUUUGUGGAGGAGGCCGUGGUACGGCGGGAGCUGGCAGAGAACUUUUGCUACUACAAUGAGAACUACGACAGUGUGCGAGGUGCCUAUGACUGGGCACAAAGCACACUGAAGCUCCAUGCCAAAGACAAGCGGCCCUUUCUCUACAAGUUGCCCCAACUGGAGCAGGCUACCACGCAUGACCAGCUCUGGAACGCUGCUCAGCUUCAGAUGGUGCGGGAAGGCAAGAUGCAUGGCUUCCUGCGGAUGUACUGGGCCAAGAAGAUCCUGGAGUGGACCCGCAGCCCUGAGGAAGCCCUACAGUUUGCCAUCUACCUCAACGACCGCUAUGAGUUGGAUGGGAUGGACCCCAACGGCUAUGUAGGCUGCCUCUGGUCCAUCUGUGGCAUCCAUGACCAGGGCUGGAAGGAGCGGGAUGUCUUUGGGAAGAUCCGCUACAUGAACUAUGCUGGCUGCAAGCGCAAGUUUGACGUGGAUCAGUUUGAGCGCCGCUACGCCCACUGCAAGUGACCAGGAUACAGAGGGGUGAGGGACCUUCAGCUGGUUAGCACUGCUCCCUGCACAGGUGGAUGUGCUUUUUUCAUGGUGCUGGCUUACACUGACACAGAUUUGCUAUGGGUGGUGGUGGAGGACUGGCGACAGCAGCAAGCCUCAGGGCUUUGUUGUAAAGUUUACACUUUGUGGCUCCUAUGCAAUGCACAAGGCCAGUUGCGUGGUGAGGGAUGCAGCUGCCUUGUCCCUGCUCACACUGAAGCUGAGCUCCCUGCCAGAAGCAAAAAUAAAAUAAUAAUUAAAAAGCUCAGGACACAACCCCGCCUCAUAUUAACUUAGUUUAUUAGGGACGGCAUCUUCACUGCUAUGCUGUGCAGCAGUCCCGUGGGGAGGGCUCCAGUGAAAUGCUGAGGCAGCUUGUGGUUCUCCCUUACAAACAGCUGGGGCCGUGGCAAGCUCCAGCAUCACCUGUAGCUGCCAGUGCUGCGCUGUCAUGGUGUUAGUGUAUUGCAUCACCUUGCUCUAGAGCCCUCUGCCAGGCUUCAAGUCCCCAUUGCUUUCAGACAGAGAAAGGAAAACACAAAUAAACCAAAAUCCAUUUGCUUUUC